AUGACGUGUACACUGGAGCGUCUCGUAGCGACGGUAUUCUAUAAAACUUACGAGAAGAGGAGGCCAUGGGUAUUGCUGUUAAUCCCGGCCAUAACUGCGCCUCUCUUUGCCUACUGUCUCGCUGCUGACGUUUUCGCAGCUCAAAUGUCACUGGCAUAUCUUUUUAUCGAGAUGUUUCUGAAGCUUUUUGAUGUGGUUAUCGCCAAUUCAAUCGAAAUAACCGGGCAGUACUCUUCAGCUAAAUGCCUGGCAUCUCCCGGGUUUUAUCCAGCAGCUUUCGGGUUGUAUUUGGUGUUCCGCCAAGCGUUAAUCCUUCUCACCCCUCUGCUAAUCUUCCGAUUGAGUCGCCCACUCCGAAAACGACUGAUCAAAUUGACGCGUCAUAUUCUCAGAAAAACGAGCAAAAUAGCGAGUGUUGGAAACUACCGUCUGGAGUACCGGAACCCGUUGGGCAAGAAGAUCAAACUCAACGAGUCCAAGGAGCUCUAUUUCACGCAUUUGAAAACGAUGUGGAGA